AUGACGCGGACGGAGCUUAGAAAUCUCCGAGUCGACAACGACGAUCUCGACAACGAGCUAGAGAAGCUCAACGCCGAUGUCGAGAAAGCUGCCAGUGACUAUGCAAAAGCCAAGAUGGCCGCUGAGCCCCAAAUAAUGGAGAAGCGGAAGAAUGUUCACUCUGUCCACAAGCAGAUUGAGAGUCCUGUCGACUACUUGCAGAGCGAGAUCAAGACCAUGCCACCUGCCAACGACACCACGAACAUGGAUGUAUCCUGA